AUGGAGAUUUACGAUAGCAAGUACUUCAUCCACAACAAGCGCUUUCAAAUGGCGCUGGGAGUUUGGCCGUACCAGAAUCGAGUGAAAAACUUAUCCAUAUGUGGGGUUCUGCUGCUGGUGAUGUUCGGCAUGUUGAUACCACAAUUACUACGACUGAGGACUUACUUGGGGAAGGACAUCGACAAGUCGAUGGAGAACAUUUUUAUUUUGCUCUACACGUUUGGCAUCUACAUUAAGCUCUUCACUGCUCACAUUGCCGAAAAUAAGAUGAAAAUCUUGUACGAGAGCACUGCAAAGAACUUUGAGACCUACACCGACGAGGCAGAGAAGAAAAUCAUGAAGCAAUACUCGGAAAGGGGUCGGCUGAUCACCCUUGCCUUUCUGAUAUACAUGGUCUUGGCGCUGAUUUUGUUUGUAAUGCUACCGCUGUAUCCCAUCAUCAUGGACGCGACCAUCCCUCUGGAUCUCCCGAGGCCCCGAAUAUCCGUACUGAACGGCGAUUAUCUCGUCGACGAGAACGACUACUAUUUUCAAAUUUACGUGUUCGAUUCUAUUGCCUGUACUUUGACAGUCUUCAUAAUGUGUUCAACCGACCCGAUGUACGCGGCGAUAGUCGAGCACUGCCUAGGACUGUUCUCGAUUUGCAAAUACCGACUGAAAAACUUCAACAAGUCCUGCGGAAUGCGGAUGGUUGAGAGAGCCGACGCCGAGAGGUACGGAGGUGAUUACGCCUAUGCUGCCCUCGUCAGAGCGAUUCUUCUGCACAAGGAAAUUUUGAAAUACACUCAGAUUAUUCAAACGUCUUACUCGUUGUACUUCUUGCUCGAAAUGGGAGUUACCGUAGGUAUUUUGACGGCGACCUCCGUUAUAAUCGUGAUGAAACUCGAGCGGCCCCUGGACUGCCUGAGGUACUUUCUGGUCUUCAUCGGCCUUUUGGUACACAUAUUCUAUCUGACCUGGCCAGGGCAAAAGUUGAUCGAUUUCAGUGGUGACAUCUUUCAAGACACGUAUCUCAACGAUUGGUACAAGAGUUCACUAAAGUGUCAGAAUCUACUGAGAUUCAUGUCGUUGAGAUGCUCGAGACCCUGUGAGCUGUCGGGAUGUGGACUGUACGUUAUGAAUUUAAUCAACUUUGCGGCGAUUCUCAAGUCGUCGGCUUCAUACAUCACUGUCUUCUCGUCGGUUUGA